GGAUUAUAUUGUCCGGUCGCCGUUCCGAUGUCAUUAUAUUGUGACUGAGACAUCUUUACGGGCUUUGCCCUUCUUUUUGGGGCUCAGUCUCGACGAAUGUUUUCUGUUCGCAGCAGCCAUGGCCAACUUUCCAAGGCAUUUCUCGUCAAUUCAUCUUCCUAUUUCCUCAAUCUCCUUCACUGCUCAACAACAACAACCUCUCCAUCCACCGAUCUUCAACCGCAUUUCAUGGUGGAUUACCUCAUCGAUUCCCUCGGAUUCACCAAACAAGAAGCAAUCUCCGCCUCUACAAAGGUACGCCACUUAAAGUCCACCCAAAACUCCCAAUCCGUCAUCGAGUUCCUUAGAAACUACAAUUUAUCCGAAACUGACAUCAAAUCCGUAGUUCUCUCUCAUCCCCAAAUUCUAUUACGGAAAGUUGAUAAAACCCUAGAACCCAAAUUUAAGAUUCUUUUUGAAAUCGGGUUUUCGGGACCGGAUCUGGUAGCUGUCAUUAAAAAGGAUCCGAAUCUUUUAGUUAGAGGUUUACAUACAUCUAUCAUACCGGCUAUCAAUCUUUUAAGAAGAAUUUUGGGCAGUAAAGAAAAAAUUGUUAAAGCUAUAAAACGAUCACAUUGGCCUUUCUAUGGGAAGUUCUUCAGAAGCAAUGUGGUAUUACUGGAAAAACACGGUGUUUCCAUCAAGGACAUCGAGAGGGUUAUAAUUAGGAACCCUAGAUUGGUUACUCAGAGCCCUGUGAGGGUAGAAGCGAAACUGCUUGAAGUGGAAAGGGAGUUUGGGAUUACCCCACGUUCAAAGAUGUUUUCUUAUGGGCUUUCUGCUGUUUGUUCCAUGAAUCAGUUGAAUUUGCAGAAGAAGUUUGAGGUGUUUAAGAGUUUCGGGUGGUGUGAUUCAGAUAUCUGUAUCAUUGCUAAGAGUCAACCGAUUUGUUUUACACAUUCUGAGGAGAGAUUAAGUAAAGGGUUGGAUUUCUUCAUGAAAGAACUUGGUUACACACCUUCAUGGUUGGCCACUCGUGGUAGUCUUUUGAUGUAUAGUUUGGAGAAAAGGGUGAAACCGAGGUACCAAGUGUAUAUGGUUUUGAAAGAGAAAGGGGUGAACAAGGAGUUUCAUUCCAUGUUGUGCUUAUCUAAUGUAGAUUUUGUGAAGCAGGUUGUGGAGCGUCAUAAGGAAGAGAUCCCUGAUCAUAUGUAUGACACUUUUACCAAAUUCUUGAAUCCAUAGUAGAAGAGAUCUUAUUUUUGAAUCUUACAGCUUCAGGUUAACUAAGGAAAAUUAUUUUAGAAAAGCUGCAAUAAGCUUAUAAUGGAGGUUUCCUUCACAAUUGUUUACCAUUUUGUGUACCUUAGAGUUCAUUGAUGAGAUUGGGGAUAAAUGGGUUUAGCUUAUGUUUUUCACAUUAGCAUACUGUAAUUGUUGAUGAUAAACUCGAGAUUUAAAUCGAGUUAUGUCUUGUAAAAAUGGUGGAAUGUUUCUUUGAUAAUAUUGUUGAUGGGAACAUCAAUAUUCGGAUAUAGAUGACUAAUAGUUCAUCUAAUACUGUACGUAAUUUAAAUAUAUAUCAUCUCAUCGAAUUGAUCA